AUGAUUAUGGAUCCUUUUCUCCAGAAGGCUGCAGAAGUUAGUAAGCAACAUCCAAAACCUGACAUGAAGUUCAGUUAUGGAACCGCAGGGUUUCGUACGCUGGCUGACAAUCUGGACUCUGUGAUGUUUCGCAUGGGCUUGCUAGCCGUUCUGCGUUCAAAGGCCAAAAAUGGACAAGUAAUCGGUGUGGUCGUCACUGCUUCUCAUAACCCAGAGCACGAUAAUGGUGUGAAACUUGUCGAUCCUUUUGGCGAGAUGCUACAGCCAUCUUGGGAGAGACAUGCAUCGGAACUUGCCAAUGCUGAAGAUGUGGCUGAAGUCCUGAGGGGGGUAGUCACAGAACACGGUAUCGAUUGGAAUGUCCCAGCUAAAGUUUUCAUUGCACGAGACACCAGACCAAGUGGUAAAAAGUUCGUGCAGGCUCUAGCGGAAGGAAUUGAAGCUUUGGGUGGAUCGUAUCAGGAUUACGGUAAGGAGAUAAUUUUUCCUUUGGGGGAGGAGGGGUUGAAUACUGAACGGAAGUAAAGAGCCGAGCUCAAUCUUUUGGCCAUAUCCUUAGUUCAACCGGUAAGAUGUAUUCUCUAUCCAAGUUUAGUGAGAGUUCUUGUUUGUAAGUUAGAACUCUAGAAAGAUUGGAAUUCCUGUCUCCAAUACUAACCAAAUUGGACGACCUUUAAGCGCCGGGGAGUCUAGGAAUGUUAAACUGUGGUGAUAUUGUGUAGAAAUACUAAUAUUAUCAUGUGAAGGUGGCCAGAAAUAUAUGCAAAGCUGCUGAAUAACUUACAAGGGUGUCUUUUACGAGAGCUUUGAUUGUAGGAUAAAGUGGUGUAUUUGGACAAUAAUUAGUAUAAGUGACAUGGUGGCAGUGAAACUAGUAGAAACACCCUUAACCUUUAAACUUGCAAGAUCUGAUUGUUAAUUCUCCCCUCUACCUGCUUCACAUUUUCAUGUAAAUCAGUUACGAGAGUUUGGUACUAGAUCAAUAAAACAACUUGUACAUGAUAAGUUAAAUAUUCUCAUUGCCUGUUUGUUGGAUAAUGUAUGAAUACGAAAGGGAGAAGUUACAUUUUAAUCACUUCUGGGAGUUAAAGGGUUAAGACUCUAGCUGGUGUGACCUAAUGCAAUGUGUCUUCUCUUUACAGUUCUAGCAAACUGUGCAGCAGUAGUUUAUUCUUAACUCCCAAGUAGAAAAGAAAAAGCUGUGAAUAUGCCCGCAUAUCUGUUUUUCCUUUUGGCAGAUAAACUAACACUUUGUUUUAUACACCUGAAUAAAAGUUAACAAUGUGAUCUUUAACUGUAAAGGGGGUAAGUUUGUAAAGAAACUGUGUUGCUGCAUUGGUGGGAGACUAACAGGGUAAUUUGGUGUUAUCAACUGGGUUAAAGACUUAAAUUGGCCACUGUAAAGAGUUUCAAAGCUGACGUUUUGAACAUUACCGUACCCGCAUGGUCAAUUAUUGCAUAUGGCGAAAAAAAAGUUAACAGAUUACCUGCACUGGUGGAUAACCCGCAUGUUAUGUUAUUCAACUUUAUUAUUUCAACAUUAAGGUGAUACAUUUCAGUCUAUUAAAAGUUGUCUGAUCUAACUUUCGAAAACUUGAAAGCGUCUUUGUCAAGUUUAAAGGUCAAAGAAAUUCAGGCACAUGCACAAUUCUGUGUCAAUGUUAGCAUGUAUUUUAUUGAUAAAAUUAUACAGUAAAAACACUAGUUGCCCAUGCCCAAGUCUCUAUGUUUCAUACUUGACAAAAUGCGAAUUUGUGGGCACAUUUUGUGCAAGCGAUCAGUAGCCCUUUGUCAUAGUGAAAGACUGAAGGGCUAAUGCUUGAAACAUCAGUUUUGUAACCCUUCAUGGUGGCCAAUUUACAUUAUCAACUCAGUUGAUAAUACUUAAUUACCCUGUUUAUCUUAAACUGUAAUGGGAUGAACAUGAAACUCAAAUUUCUUACCGACUGAUGCAGUUUUCCUGUAUUAAAGUCCUUUUGGCACCCUUAUCAGCUUAACACUUUCAUUCUUAAGACCUCAUUAGUAAUUCUCCUCACUGUCUGCCAUAUAAUUUCUAUGAUGUUAGUUGGGUGAGUUAGGUAUUGGAUCAACUAAUAAUCCUUUAAUUAAUAUCUUUCCUCUUAUCACUUGUCUGGUUGAUUUUAUGUUGACAAUGUAAAAAGUAUUUUUUGUUUUGGUCACUUUUAGGAGUUUAAGGUUUCACUGAUGUAUAAAAGUUGUAAUGCCUUACAGUGUUAUUGUAUUUAUAUCUGUGUUAACCCUUUACAUCCUAGCAUCAGUAUCUGUAUUCCCCAUACUGUUCUCUACUCAUUUCUUAAGGUGCUGACGAGGAGAAUUUGUUGAACAAUCAAGAACUUUUUUGUUAGUGAUCAUUUCUUUGAUUCUCUUGUCCUUUAAUGUUUAAUAUAGGGGUAAUAUUGUAAGGAGAAACUACAUGUUAGUUACUUGAAGGGGUUUCAAGGUUACAAUGUUGUUUUGAACCUUGAAAUUUAAACUGUGAAAUAUAAUUUUUUGUAGGUGUUUUGUCAACCCCUCAGUUGCAUUACAUGGUGAGAUGUGCCAAUACAGCCGGUGAAUACGGCGAGGCCACAGAAGAGGGAUAUUACAAGAAGAUCUCCAAGGCUUUCCUUCAUCUGCGUUCACUAUCGGGAAAAACUGAUGUACCAGUUAUUAAGCUGGAUGGUGCAAAUGGAGUAGGAGCUCUGAAAAUCAAAGAAAUGGCCCAGCACCUGAAUGAUACCCUCUCCAUUUGGGUGUGUAAUGACGGAUCAACUGGAAAGCUCAAUGAAAAGUGUGGUGCUGAUUUUGUCAAGCUUCAUCAACGUGCUCCUGAAGGAAUGGUUAUAACCCCAGGUGAUCGUUGCGUCACAUUCGAUGGUGAUGCCGAUCGAGUCCUGUAUUUUUAUUUCAACAAAGAAAAUAAAUUUUGUUUGUUAGAUGGAGAUAGAAUUGCCACCUUGAUGGUGGGUUACCUGAAAGACAAACUUGAUAAAACAGGAGUGACACUCGAAAGAGGUUUAGGAAUAGUCCAGACAGCUUAUGCCAAUGGUAGCUCAACAUCCUAUGCCGAGAGCACCCUUGGUGUUCCUGUAGCUUGUGCAAAGACAGGAGUGAAGCAUGUUCACCACAAAGCUGAAGAAUUUGAUAUUGGAGUCUACUUUGAGGCAAAUGGCCAUGGAACUGUGCUGUUUACAAAGGAUGUUGUGGCCAAGAUGAAGGCUAUUGUUCAAGACACUGAUGCUGGCACCGAGAAGCACAAAGCAGCUGAAAAGUUUUUAAGCAUGGUAGAUCUUAUCAACCAAACUGUGGGUGAUGCCAUGAGUGACAUGUUAGUGGUUGAAUCCAUCCUUUAUGAAAAGGGGUGGAGCUUGGAGGACUGGGGAGCUGCAUACACAGACCUCCCCAAUAGGCAACGCAAAGUCACCAUCAAGGAUCGCACAGUCAUUAAAACAACAGAUUCUGAGAGGAAGACUACAGCUCCAGAGGGGCUUCAAGAAGAAAUUGAUAAGCUUGUUGCUGGGUAUAAAAGUGCAAGGUCCUUUGUGCGACCCUCUGGUACUGAGGAUGUUGUCCGUGUUUAUGCAGAGGCAGACACAAGAGAAGCAGUGGAUUCUUUGGCACGAGAAGUCUCUCAGAUAGUUUAUGAUUUAGCUGGUGGUAUUGGAGAGAGACCUUAA